AUGGGGGUAAAGUAUUCCUUCAAGCAGGAAAUGCCUUUCCAAAAUGUUGCAAAAAUCCAUUUCACUAGUGUAUUAGUAUUCAUCGAUUUGUAUUACAACCUCAUGGUGAAACAUUAAAGGAAUGCAUUUCCUGUAUUGUCACAGAAUAAUGUAACGUGAACUGCAUUCACGCUUGCACGAUGUGUGAAAACGUCAACACCUGCUGAAUUCAUUAGUUGGCUUGCACGUAUAUGUGUGUCUUUCACAGAUCCAACGGGGAGUGGGAUUUAAAUCCUUUUACCUAAUUGGAUGCCUCGUUACUAUUUGGCCUUGGAUUCAUUACAAACUUUUUUGCAUGUUCUCAUGUCACUUUGUCAAGAUGUAUCCAGUAUCUUGUUUCUUUACUAAGAGCGAUUUACUACAGGAAACUGGCUUAAAGUUAAGUGUUGGUUCGACAUGUGUAGCAAUUAAAUGUUACACACAUACUUGAUUAUAGUCUUUUCUUAAUAAGCACUCUGUGCUUCUCAAAGUCUUAUUUACAAAAGUGAAUUACUUGUGUGUUUAGGAAAUUAUGUUGUAGCAGAAAAACUAACUAGCAUUUUGGCUACAAUUGGCCAACUUCACAUCCAACUGGUGUUUCAACUGCACAGAAUCAACAACAGUGUUGAUUCUCUAUCAUAUGCUGUGGAGGUUAGAUGAUGGGAGCAUAGCUCUACGAGAUGGAGCAGAACCAGUUUCUCUUCUGCAGCACAAUUUGUGGCUGCUAAAGACUCUUGACAAACCCGAAGGAGUAGAUUACAUUCACUAAAGGUCUGUAGUUCAUCUGCAUGGGUUUCCUCUCUUCUCCUGCAUGCUCCUUGCUUUUCCCUGGGACUGAUUCAUAGACUCUGUUCUGUUCAACUCGAUGAACUUAUUUGUUUGCAGCGCUGAGUCUAUCCAAUCAGUCCCUUUGCGUGUUCCUGCGUCUCUCCAACUAAUGCAACAGUCUGUGCUUGUUAUUCUCUCUAUUUCCCCUGCAACGGAUCAAAGAUGAUGACUAAGAAGAUCCCCCAGUGCUCUGCACUGGAUCGGUCGGAGCUUGAUCAGCCUCCCAGUCGUGGUCAAGUGGACCGCUCUGCUAAUGCAGCGCCAGGGUGUAAGAGCAAGGCCGAGUGCCCUCAAAGCCACGGGGAGGGCGCGUCGUCGUCCCCGGAGAGCACCAACGUGAACGGGGAAGGAAAGCGCAGCGGGAAGAGCCGCCGCCGCAAGAAACGCUCGUCCAACGCCGCCGGUCGCCCCGAUGAGAAGGUUGACGUGAAGGUCAAGAAUGAAGAGAAGCCAGACAAAAGGAGCAGCCAUCCACGACCCGGCCCCCCCGCCGAGCUGGUGGGCCUGCAGUCCGAGUGUGCUAGCGUUUGGUUGGAUCGCAGCGCCUACGAGCGGGCCGAGAGCCUCUACCAGGGCUGGUUGGCGAGCUUCUCUGAUGGGGCCGCCAAGUCCAACCGGUUGUCCGCAGCCCCGGGUAAAAACUCCCAAUCUGCUGCGGCCCCAUCUUCGCCGGGAUCGCUGUGCCGCCACGGCGACCGCGUGGCCUGCCAUCAUGUCGUCCAGGCCGCGAGGGUGAACAAGGCCGUUCCGAAGUCCCUUGACCUCCCGGCACUGCCGAAGCGCUCCGCUGCGUCCAGGACACCGGAUGAAGGAUAUCAGUCUUUAGCCCCGACACCGGUCAUCCAGCCGGCAUCCGUUUCGCCGACCAAUCGUCAGUCAAUUAACGGGCUGCCCCGCCUCCCGGUGGAGCUGCUCAGAGACGUGUGGCUGGAUAAGCAGCUCUACGACCGCGCCGAGGCAGCCUUCUACCAGAACCUCUACGGUAACAACUCCUCCAAACGAUCCAGCUGCACCUCCACGUGCAGAAGUACCGACCACCCGCAACGACUCGAGGAGGAGGAGGAGGAGGGGGAGGAAGAUGGCGAACUGGCGCCGGAGGAGGAAAAACUGGUUGCCCCACAGGGCAAAGCGGAAGUCUUUCACGCUCUGCUUCCUAUUCAAGAGGAGGAAGAGGAACCAUCUGAGGUCCCGGAGAACGCCGAAAUGCCGCCAGCCGGGGUCCGCCACUUUGUUCACCCAGACAGCGAGCGGGUUUGGCUGGAUAAGUGGCGGUAUGACGCUGCAGAGAGCCGUUUCCAUGGUCACAGUGAGAGUGGAGCUGUGGUGGGGAAGAAGGGCCGGAGGCCAGAAGCCGCCUCCACCGCCCCACUGAGGGACAACAACAUGACUUCCGUGGACUUUUUGGCCAAGGAGAAGAUCUGGUUUGACAAACCUCGCUAUGACGAGGCCGAGCGGCGCUUCUACGAACACCCCAACGGCUGCUCCCAAGCGGCGCAGGAUGUCGGGGGGAACACCAUUCUGCAGGACAUUGCCCGAGCCAGGGAGAACAUCCAGAAGUCUCUAGCAGGAAGCAUCAGUGCAUCAGCUGAUCAAGGAGAAAUCAUCUGUCGCAUCAAGAGCCUGGAGCUGGAGAACCACAGCUUACACAAAGUGGUGGAGGACUUGAGGGCCGCUCUUUCCAAACUGGAUUGUCGAGUGUCUCUUCUGGAGAAGUCUCCUGCAGCGGUGACCCCCGCUGCUCCAGCAGCGUACACCAACGGCACUGCUGUGCAGCAGAAGACCAGCGCCCCAGUGAAAGACGACGACGACGAGGAGGAGGAGGACGACGACAUCGACUUGUUUGGCAGUGAUGAUGAUGAUGAAGAGGCGGCACAACUCAAAGAAAAGAGGUUGAAAGAGUACGCAGAGAAGAAGGCCAAGAAACCUGGCAUCAUCGCCAAGUCCUCCAUCUUAUUGGAUGUCAAACCUUGGGACGAUGAGACGGACAUGGUGAAGCUGGAGGAGUGUGUGCGCUCGGUGGUGGCGGACGGCCUGCUAUGGGGCACGUCCAAACUGGUUCCUGUGGGCUACGGCAUCAAGAAGCUCCAGAUUGCAUGUGUGGUGGAGGACGACAAGGUGGGAACCGACUUGUUGGAGGAAGAAAUCACCAAGUUUGAAGACUAUAUCCAGAGCGUCGACGUAGCAGCUUUCAACAAGAUCUGAUUCCAGAGUGUCUCUCUGUCCUUCGUCAUGCCUUGUUUCUCUGAUUGUGUCAACAGUUAAUGCUAUUAAUAAAACAAACUCUUGCACUGAA